AUGCAGAAUUAUUCGACAACAAGUUUCACCAGAGGUGGAACAAAGACAAAAACUUUUGAAGGACUGCAAUGCUCCCCCUCUUUGAUAGGUGGGCUUCAAUCAGCAUCAGUUUUUUUCGCAGCAGUCAACAUUUUCCUGGCCAUCACAGCAUUUCUUGGUAAUUCUCUUAUCCUUGUUGCCCUUCACAAGGAAUCUUCCCUUCAUCCGCCGUCUAAACUCUUGUAUCGCUGUCUGGCAACAACUGACCUGUUGGUUGGUCUUGUUGCUCAGCCUCUCCGUGUUACUUAUUGGAUGUCCGUGGUUCACGAACACUGGAGCCUUUGUCAUUACGCAGGAAAAGCAGCUUUCAUUACUGGCGUAGUAUUAUGUGGAGUUUCUUUGCUGACGAUGGCGGUAAUAAGCGUGGACAGGCUUCUUGCCCUCAUGUUGGGGCUGAAAUACAAAGAGAUUGUAACUUUGAAGCGCAUUUAUAUCAUUAUAGCUAGCUUUUGGGUUUUAUGUCUUGUCGCCUCUUUAUGCAUCAUUUUCGAUAAGCGUAUAACACUUUUGAGUAUCAUGAUAUCGAUACCACUUUCGCUGCUUAUUUCACUCGCCUCGUACACAAAGAUUUUUCGCACUCUUAGACAUCAUCAGGCACAAGUACAACAACAGCCGAGCCAACCAAAUGCACUGAACAUGGCGCGAUACAGAAAAGCAGUGCACAGUGCACUGUGGGUACAGUCAGUCUUAGUUAUUUGUUAUACACCAUACCUUAUUGCGCUAUUUGUAAUCACUUCUAGUACAACAUAUUUAUCAAACUCAGUCGUUGCAUGGGAAAUGGCAGGUGUCCUUGUUUACUUUAACUCGACGUUAAACCCGUUUCUUUACUGCUGGAAGAUUAGUGAGGUGAGACGAGCAAUGAAGCAGACAAUCAGACAAGCACUUUGCUGUCCAUGGAGUUAG